AGCGGGAGAAGAUGACGGAGGAAGAGUGAUUCUAGAGAGAGAAAUGUAGAGAUGGAGAUUUAAGAGAAGGAGAGAGAGAGAGAAGUCACCGGAACUGAGAAAUUUGGCCGGAAAGAUGACGACAGGAAUAAUACAUGACCAGAAUCUGGAGAAGCAGAUAGAGAAGCAGAUGGGGUGUAUGGCUGGUUUCCUUCAGAUUUUUGAUCGGAAUCAGAUUCUCAAUGGGAAAAGACUGUACGCGACGAAACGCCUGCCUCCAUCUCCGGCGGUGGAUGCAUCGGAGUCGGGGUCAUCUGAGGGAUCUCCGGUGGUUGUGAGGGAAUUGGAGAAACAAGAGCAUCCCGGAUCGGUGCCGUCACCAGACCGGUUGAAGCCACCUGUUGCACCGGAGGAACGGUCUCCAGGGCCGGAGAUUGUGACUCCGUCGAAUGGAGAGGCGAAAUUGCCGCUUCCUCUACCGAUAUUCGAAUUCAAGGAGGGGACGAGGUCGUCGUGGAAGUUCAAAGAAGCUCCGAGGCUUUCUCUGGACAGCAGAGCCACUGUUGACGCCAAGGGAAGCCUUUACCCGAGGGAGAUCCGCACAAAUGCAGCGAUUUUGUCGGCGAACAGGUUCGAGAACUCUGCGGAGGCUGCCGCCGACGAUGGAGAUAAGCAGCGUCGAUCUCCGAGCGUCAUCGCUCGGCUCAUGGGGCUCGAGCAGUUGCCGCAUUCAUGCCCUGAGCCUGUGAAGAAAGCUGAGCUACGGAGAUCUGCUUCGGAGUCUAGAGUCUCCAAGGAUCUCCUUCAGUGCCGGUUCGUUGACGGAAACAAUUUUCAGCUGAAGCAAUCCCAACAAUCGAAUUUGGGAAGCAGCAUUUCAAGCAAUGUGAUCAGAGACAAUGCCAGCAUUGGACACAGAGCAUCCAAUGGUAGAGCUCUGGAUCCAUAUCCAAUGGAGUACCCUGUACGAAAUGUAAAAGCCGAACCGCCGAGAGCGCUGCAGAGAGGCUUGGGUUCGUCACAGUGGAAAUCGCCUCAACAGAGGAAGAGUUUCUUCGACUCGGAAGAUUUCUUCCCUGAGCCAAAGCAGACUGUAUCCAUCUACGGAGAGAUCGAGAGGAGGUUGAAGAUGAGAGGAAUCGAUGAACCCGCCAAGGAUCUAGAAACACUGAAGCAAAUCCUCGAGGCACUGCAGCUCAAAGGUCUUCUUCAUACUAAGAAGCCCACAAACCAAUUCAACCACAGAAACUUAGUCUACGACCUGUCGUUCCCACACGACGAAUCUCCCAUCGUUGUCAUGAAGCCGGGGAGAUCACCGGCGUCCACUCACCGCCCACUAAGAACCGGAAAAGAAUCCCCACCUCCAACUUCCAGAACAAAACCAGUGGUCCGCCGGAAUGCGAAUCUCUCCGGCGAAACCAUGCCCUCUGUGAGUCCAAGAAACGUGCGAAACCAAGCCAGAGCUCAGAAUUCGGGUUCCCCAACUCGCUCUGAGAGCAGCGUCAAGAGCUCGAGUUCACUCACCACGAGAAAAGCUCUCCACGUCGAAGUACAGAGAAAACCAAUCGAUUCGACUCCCCAGCUGAGACGAGUCUCUCCGGUUCACUCUCCUAAACUCAGCCCUAGGAGAACCGGACCCGACCACACAAUUUGCCGAUCACCGAGAAACAAGAAACCGACUGCAGAGAUUUGUUCUCCGGUCCCAGUUCCGGUUGAGGAUGAAUCAUCCUCCAUUUCCGAGGGCAGCAUCAGCACUUCUUCGCACAGCGAUACAGAGUUGCAGAGAUCAAAGCUCGAAGGAAGAAACCUCCUAGAGAGAUGUGACAAGCUGCUUCACAGCAUAGCUGAGAUCACAGCUUCCGAGUUGCACCCGAGUCCAGUCUCUGUUCUCGAUUCGUCGUUUUACAAGGACGAGUCGUCACCCUCGCCUGUCAUGAAACGGAGCAUUGAUUUCAGAGCAGAAUUGGAAGACGAAGUUGGGAGCCCAGAAGCCUCAGCUGUUGAAUUGAAAUUUGAGGAGAAACCAGAGGACUGUGAUUUCAUCUAUGUAUCUGAGAUCCUACAGGCCUCAAACUACCACCCUGAGGACUCUGAUGUGUUUUUGUUGCUGGAGGAGCAACAAUCCCUCAAGGGCAAGGACACCUCCAAAGUCUCCAGGCUGCAAAGGAGGCUCAUCUUCGAUACCAUCACUGAAAUCAUCAACCAGAAGAGUAAAUUGCCCCCAUGGAAGGCCAUCUCGAUUUCGAAUUCUGGGAAGUCUUCAUUGCAGCAAAUUUGGGCUGAAUUUAUCAGAAUUCGAGAGAGGGAAGCGUCUGAAGACUUGUUUGACAUCAUAUGUGGUGUGCUGAGGAAAGAUCUGGCUGGUGAUGCCAUCACUGGGUGGGGAGACUGCCACGUGGAAAUGUCAGAGGCAGUCCUGUACAUCGAAAGGCUGAUAUUCAGGGACCUGGUAGGCGAAACAAUCAGAGACCUAGCUGCAUUUUCCGGGAAAGUUCGUGCCCAAGCAGCAGCAGCAGCAUCUCGCAGGAAGUUGGUAUUCUGAACUUAACAAAUUGAGGGAAAAACCAAGAAGCUCUUCCCCUUUGUUUAUUUUAUAUUUUCUUUUUUCUUGCUUUCUUUGUGUCCCAUUUUCCCCCUUCUCUUCCCCACCCCCCCUUUUUUCCCUGUUCCCAAAAGAGAAAUUAUUGUGUAAAAUCCAUGGUGGUUCACCUGAAAUCCAGGCAAAUGAAAGCAAUGGCUUUUGCAAA